AUGGGUAGAGUUAUUAGAAACCAAAGAAAGGGUGCAGGUUCCAUUUUCACUGCUCACACCAGAUUAAGAAAGGGUGCAGCAAAGUUGAGAACCUUAGAUUACGCUGAAAGACACGGUUACAUCAGAGGUGUCGUUAAGCAAAUCAUCCACGACCCAGGUAGAGGUGCACCAUUAGCUAAAGUUGCAUUCAGAGACCCAUACAGAUUCAAGCAAAGAGAAGAAACCUUCAUUGCUAACGAAGGUGUCUACACUGGUCAAUUCAUCUACUGUGGUAAGUCUGCUUCUUUAAACAUUGGUAAUGUCUUACCUUUAGGUUCUCUUCCAGAAGGUACCAUUGUCUCCAACGUUGAAGAAAAGGUUGGUGACAGAGGUGCUUUAGGUAGAACUUCUGGUAACUACGUUAUCAUUAUCGGACACAACCCAGAAGAAAACAAGACCAGAGUUAAGUUGCCAUCUGGUGCAAAGAAGAUCAUCUCUUCUGAUGCUAGAGGUGUCAUUGGUGUCGUUGCUGGUGGUGGUAGAAUCGACAAGCCAUUGUUGAAGGCAGGUAGAGCAUUCCACAAGUUCAAGGUCAAGAGAAACUCAUGGCCAAAGACCAGAGGUGUUGCUAUGAACCCAGUUGAUCACCCUCAUGGUGGUGGUAACCAUCAACAUAUUGGUAAGGCUUCUACCAUUUCCAGAGGUGCAGUUUCUGGUCAAAAGGCUGGUUUGAUUGCUGCUAGAAGAACUGGUUUACUCAGAGGUUCUAACAACAAGAACGAUGACUAA